AUGUUGUACGCAGCAGUUGCCUCUCUCUUCCUUGCCAGUGCGGUUCUUGCGGAGACCCCUCCUGGCUUCGCUCCGAAUGUAACUGCUCACCUUGACGUCAAGUAUGGAUCCAAGGUUGUGACCCCAGGAUUGGCAUUGACGAAGAGCGGCAAUCCUGGACAAUACGCUGGCCUCCCCGCCGGCUCCCGCGCUGUCAACCUUCACGGCUUGAUAACUGGAUACACGUCCGCCACCACCCUUACAGACGGCUUGUAUGUCCUCUCAUCUAAGGAAACUGGCCCGGCAUCAUACCUGGCUCCCGGCCCACCCGCUGAAAACCCCGUCCACCCACACAAGUAUAUUGAGCUGCUGUUCCCUCAACCAGAGGGCUUUGUUGUUCCUUCCAGUCAGACGGCGGCAAUUAGCAAGAGGAUUGGGUUCAAUAUCACAACCUUUGCGGCGGAUGCUAAGUUGGGUGAUGCGGUGCGAGCGAACUGGUUCACGCAGCAGGGUUAG